GUAGCGUGGCGCGCCAUGACGCAAAGAGGCGGAAGUGGCGGCGGUUGCCGGGGUAACCAACGCCGGGCGGCCUGCGGGUGCUGCGGCCAUGGGCGAGCUGGGGGCGGACGAUGGGGCCGGGAAUACGUACAGCCUGCGGCCCGGCCUGCAGCGCCGAUUUAAAUCAUCCACGGUCAAAGAAUGCAUCCAUGCAAUACUGAAGGAGAAGCUGGCCAACGUACAGUACGUCCCCGAAGAAAUGCCUCAGCUUACAAAGUCUUUGUCAGAGAUAAUAAAAGACAGACUGAAAGAGGAAGGAUUUGACAGGUACAAAAUGGUGGUUCAGGUUGUGAUAGGAGAGCAGAGAGGAGAAGGAGUGAAUAUGGCUGCGCGAUGUUUCUGGGAUGCCGACACUGACAGCUACGCUCACGAUGUGUUCAUGAAUGUGGGGAGAGGAAGCACAAGAGAUAAAGUCUUAUAUGCUUUGCUGAACUUCUGUUACGGAGUAUACCUGGAAUCCAGGACUGAGCAAAAGUCAAGGACAGCCUGUUUUGUGUGGUAGCUGCAUUUGGCUGCUUCUACUAUUGAAGAUGGUAAAUAUUGCACAGAAGGACAGAGGUGGGAGAGAACACUUUAGGGUGGUUUUUUGUUAAAGUGCACAAAACCAUCAUGUUCUUCCUUUAGUACCUAACAAAAUAACAGCUCUACAAAGCACAUCCUACACCUGUCCUACACACUACAACAUUCCUUCUUUCUUGUGGAUAUUGACAGAGCUUUAAGCACAAUAGUAUUAUGUCCUUUAUUUAAAUCACCCUUUGUUUUUAUAUAGUGUGUUGGGUUUGUCCUAAAAAAGUGUUUUGCCAAUUGCCAUUGUUUCUAAGGCAAACCCAACUUUUGUCUUGAAAGGGUUCUGUUGCUUCUAUUUUUGUUAAUUUUCAGAAAUGAAUGAGAUAUUUAUAAGAAAUGUAACACAAUAAAUUUAUGUAUUUAAUA